AUGACGGUCGCGACUUCUUCGGCAGGACUAUCCAGUGAAACAGGUGCUGAAGACACUUCUUCUACAACUCUCGAAAACACGCCAACUUUGCAAUCAUUUACGAGAGACAGCGAGAAUGAUGCAGAUGGUGGUGCCCCAGCUAAGAAGAGGGCCGCACCCUCUUCGUCAGAUAUGCUCUUUUACUAUGAGAGACUUUUACCUUUUAGGUACAUUUUCCAAUGGCUUAACCAUUCUCCAAAGCCCAGUAAAGAUUUCACCAUGAGAGAGUUUGCUUUCGAAUUCAGAUCAGGAGCCUACCAGCGUUAUAACUCAUUCAGCAAUCAAGACGAUUUCAAGAAAUCUGUUGUCAACGCCAACCCAAUGAGAUUUGAAGUGGGUGCUGUUUACUCAGCCAAUCCUAAGGAACGUAAGAAUCUCCCCAAGCUGGCCCUCAAGCCUCUCUCCAAGGAAUUAGUGUUCGAUAUCGAUCUUACUGAUUAUGAUGAUAUUAGAACUUGCUGCUCUGGAACUGCCAUCUGCACCAAAUGCUGGAAGUUUAUUCAAGUUGCUACGAAAAUCAUGGAUGCUUCGUUGAGAGAAGAUUUUGGAUUCAACCAUUUGAUUUGGAUCUUCUCUGGUAGAAGAGGUGCGCAUUGUUGGGUAAGUGACAAAAGAGCUAGAGCUCUAGAUGAAAAUAGCAGAAAGAGUAUAGUUGAGUACUUGGAUGUGGUGGGUAAACAUAACGUGAAAUCUGGUAAGCUUAAUUUAAAGAAACCUUAUCAUCCUCAUAUUGAAAGAUCGUUCAAUAUCUUGAAAGAUCAAUUUGCUACAAUCAUAUUGAGGGAGCAGGAUCCUUGGAACACAUACGAAAAUAACACUGAAAUAGACAAGAAGUUGGAUGAAUUGUUAUCCUUCUUACCAGAGAAGGCUCUUCAAGAAGAGUUGCGCAAACAUUGGAAAUCCUCGUCUUCCAACUCCUUGACCAAAUGGGAAGAUAUAAACGUUUUCGCUAAGCGUACUCUUAAGAGCCAGCUCCAAGUAAACAUGCUUAACGACGCCAAAAAGGACGUGAUAUUGUACUUCAUGUACCCCAGACUCGAUAUGGAGGUUUCCAAGCAAGUGAUCCAUUUGUUAAAGUCCCCAUUUUGUAUCCACCCAGGCACUGGAAAUGUAUGUGUGCCGUUCGACCCUUUGAAAAGUCUUGUUGACAAUGACGAGGACUCCGACUAUGGAUUUAAUCCUAUGACUGCUCCUAACUUGGGCCAGUUACAAACUGAAAUAGAAAAUUGGACCGGGAAUGGUUCGACUGGUUCUAAUUCUGGGGUGAAGACGUUAGACUAUGAAAAGACAAGUUUAAAGCCAUACGUAGAUUAUUUUGCAAAAUUUGUAAAUGGAUUGAAUCAAGAAGAGUUGAGUGUUAAAAGAGAAAGAGAUGCUAGCGAUAAGUUAGACUUUUAG